AUUGCAUUGCAUAAUUCCAGAGAAUGUGGAGGCCAGCGAAAAAUAUCUAUGUCGUCUCGACCAUUUCGAUCAAUUCAACAGUCAGGGACUUCGAUGUUCAACCACUCUCGUACAAAGAUAUUCCAAUGGGGAGGGGCACCAUUCUGUUGCUAAAUAAAGUUUACAGGAUCACACUCUACUAACUGGGGAAAGAGCCAUUCUUUCGCGCUGCAAGCGUAAGCGCUUAUAUAAUACUGUUUGGGAUACUCUUUAAUUGUGACCUUGAACCAACACUCUACAACGCUUACUGUUGGUUCUAUUAAAUUUUAAAUCUGGGUCAUUCUUGUAUGGUUGUACUGAAUUACGGCCCCUAGAAAGGAAAUGGGCCCCGGGGUCCCGCAAGGUCUAGGGCCGCCACUGCGGCGAGGAUUGAUGCAGCGCCCGUCGCAGCGAGCCUAGGAGGAUUGGUCACGAGUGCACGAUGGGCGGUCCACUUCCAUGCAACCAGUAAAGAUACCGAGUGAGCAAGUAAGAUCCUGCCAGUAUUUUUUACUGACGAUAUUCCUGUCUAUCUAAGGUGAUGUGGUCCAAUGAUUAAAUCAUCCUUUAUGAAGUUCAUGUUUUUGCUCACAAUCUUUGUUUGCCAAUUUGGAGUGUACUUAAAUAGGCAUCCCUUGUAAUAGUACUUUUUCAGGAGAAGCAAAACUAAGGAUUUUAUUAACCCAUAAGCAUCCAGUGUAACUUGUCCUUCACUGUUUGUCUGUCGGGACUUCGGACGCAAAAGAUUCUUUCGACUCAAGCUGGUAUUUUAACUUGUGCUCAUCGGCUGUGACAUUGAUAGCACCGUACAAUCUGGUGCGAAUGUUUGUAGACCAAAAUAAUUACAUUUCCAUGAUAGGUCUAAUAACGAGUCGGAUCCAACGAAAUGAUUCAGUAUUUCCUGUCCAGGCUUGUAGACAUAAUGCACAUGAUAUCUGAGUGGCAGAGACCAUGAUUUAUAAAUUAUGAUUUUUUUUUGUUCGUCACAAACUUAUUAUACUUAGGCAGAGAUCUGCAAAUAUUUUGUGAAUGUUAUCAGGUUGUGAUAUAUUGGCUAAUUUCUUGUUUGCAUCUUGAAGGGUGUGUUCGAGGCAAUUAUGUACACCCCUUGCUUUAUUAAGUAAUAAUUUAUUGGCAUUGAUCAAGAAUCGUUUGAUACAUUUAAUCCAGUACAGUAUUAUGACACAUCACCAGUUGCGUGUAUUAAAUGUUCACACUUCGCACAUCCCGAAGAACAGAGUUUUUUUGUAGCUGAUGACUUUGGGUUUAUAUUACAUUUAUAAAACUUUAUUUUGGAAGAUUUAAGGAUUUGUAGGCAAAGAAGCUAAAUAUAUAAGCAAUUUCAGAGACUUACAAAGACUAGGUUAUGGCUAAUAUAUUUUUAUCUCUAGCUAUUUAUUUGUAUAAUAACUUAGUUGUUUGGUUCUGGGGCUGAUGAAAGAUUACUAAAGACUUUUUAUAAAUAAGAUUUAAAUAAGAUGCGUUUUUUAAGUAGGUUUUUCAUAGUCGUUGUAAAUUUUCAGAGAUUUGUAUUAAUUGAGGAAAACAGUACAUUCUGGUUGCUUGCAAAGUAUCCAGAACUAAAGCAAUUAUUUCCCAUUUCCAGCUAUUUUCCUAUUAUCCUAUGUUAUUCUCUCUAAGAAAUUUAUUUAUAAUCAACCCAGAGGCAAUUGUUAUAUUUCUUUUGCACUUGAGACUUCUGUUGCCUUCAGAUGUUUUAAUUUUGGCCCCCUAAGAGGUAACCAAAAUCUCAGUAAACCUGAGAUAAAAUAUCGAGAUAAACUAAUGUGCAUGCAUUUUUUUAUCUUCGAUAUUCCAAAUGUCACCUGCAUUCCUUUCAGAAUGGUUUGUUAAUAGUACAAUUCAAUAUUGUUUUCCUAUCUUCAAAUUUAUCUUCUUAUAUUUAUCUAAUAAAUUAAAUAUCUCAAUUUUGUUUUAACUUUACUCAAAUAAUACUUUCAACAAAUGGAUCCAUAUAGAAAAACAGUUUUUAAAGUUAAAAUGUUUAUCCAUUUUUAGCUUGUACCUUGGUAGGAAUAAAAAAGUUUAAUAUGAGAGAUUAUAAAUCUGAAUAUAUAUCGAUAUCAUUUACAUCCAGAAUUAGCAUGAAUUUUUUCGCAUAUUGAAUGACAGUCUGGAGCAUGAAGCUGUUCACUUUUCUUUUUAAUUUUUCUAUCUAUACAGUGGUGAAUGUACCAAAGUCAGGUGGAUGGCUUACAGGAGGGAAAUUUAAAGCAGUGUUCCUAGGGCUUUAGACAUUUUAUUUAGCUUAUUGUGAGCUAACUUUUAAUCAGGGGAGGUGCAAUAGUGAAAUGUUGAACUCGCAUUUGGGAGGAUAAAGGUUUCCAUGUUUUUUUCAGAAAUUACUUCAAAAGUAUUGGUGUGUUUCCUUACAACAUGGUGCAGCCGAUUCCUCUCCAACUUGCCCGACUUGUAGGGCGUUGGACAUGUUUAAUGAUGUCACUGUCAACAAAAAAUAAAAAAAAAUAUAUUUUUAAAAAAAUUUAUUUGUACUAAAAUGAUGUAUAAAAUAAAAUCGAUUAUAUUAAUCAUUUAGAAAAAUAUACAAAUAUAAAGCCUCCAAAAAAAGAAUUCGUACAUAAGUUACAUGUACAUUUUUCUUUUAAUCAAAUAUUUAAAAUUUUAAAUAUUGUUCAACCAAUGAAAAACAAAUAUUUGAUCUCUUUUAAAAAUACUUAGCAUUUAAUUUUUUUAUGUUUGUUUUUCCUUUUAUUUGUACUUUAUAUAUUGCUUUCGAUUUCAUAAUGUGGUUAGUAAAGUUAAAAUGUCGCACUAAUGUCGAAUUUCUAGAAAAACUUGCUAUGAUUGUGUGAAUUUUGUAAAUUAAAAAAAUAAAACAUAUAAAUAAUGCAAAUAUGUUUUUAUCUAUUAGCCCCCAUUCCUAGAAGGAUCUGCAUGACAGUAAAUCAAUAAUGCCUGGUAUUAAUUGUGAGAGAUCUAAUUUUAUAAGCUAAUUGAUGUAGAGUGGACAGAAAGCAAUGCCUGACUCUCUACGGUAUGGACUAAGUAAGAAUUUUUGUGUCCGUCAGGAGCGAUGCAGCGGUCCGUGUUGGUGGUGGCUGCAGUGCUGCUGCGGCUGGCAGCCGGCGCCGACACGAGAACCAGCUGCGCGCUCAGGAACACGUCCCGCUCGCUCACCGCGGACUGCCGGAGCCGCAGUCUCCAGGAAGUGCCCUCGGACCUGCCGUCCGGCCUCACGGGCCUGUCGCUCAGCAACAACCACCUGCCCGCCCUGGACGACCAGCUGCGGGUCGCCGGCUGCGCGCCGCCUGGGAGCGCCGCGUGCAGCCGGUUCCCGCGCCUGGCGCAGCUCAACAUCACCCACUGUGCGACUGCAAGCAUCAGCAGUCGCUUCCUGCACGGCUCGCACUACUUGGUCUUUCUAUCUCUCAGCAACAACCAACUUAGUUCUCUCCAUCAGGACACGUUCAUCGACAAUAAGAACUUGAUAGCUAUAGACAUUUCUCACAACAGGAUCAGUUCCAUCCCACAAAAACUAUUCCAAGGCUUGCGAUAUUUAGAAUACUUGGAUCUUAGUAAAAACCAACUCCGUGAGAUACACCGUGAAACAUUCACUGGCUUGAGCAACUUGGACAAACUUCUGUUAAACAAUAAUUUCAUAAAGUCGCUCGACGAAACGGUGUUUGGUGAUCUAACAAAUAUGAGAGUGUUAGAUUUGGAACAUAAUAAUUUGGCACACUUUCCAAGAAAUAUUCUACGAAAUAUUUCAAGCUUGGUUCUAUUUCAGGCUUCUCACAAUUAUAUAACCGAUUUGGAUCCAUCAUUUUUCUCGAAUUUGCAUGAACUGCAGUUCAUUUUGUUCCGCAACAAUUCGCUCAAGAGACUUUCUAAGUACACAUUUCAAGAUUUGUUGAAGAAAUACAUAGUAGAUUUUUCUUUUAAUAUGAUAGAAUCUUUAUAUCUUAAUACAAUCCCUUUUUCAUUGGUUGAACAAGAUCAAUAUUAUGUACUCGACACACUCACUAAUUUUUGUUAUAAUAACAUUAGCACUGAAAAAGCUUGUUUUAUUUCAGAAUUGGGGAAUAACCGUUCUUCUGGUAUCUUCCAUAACAUUGACUUCUCAUUUAACAAUGUAAGUGUGGUUAGUAUCCACGAUGCUAAUUUAUAUCACUCCUUAGAGUUCCUAAAUCUUAGUCUCACCGGAAAUACCAGAGUCAAUAUUCCAGUAAAAUUUAUUAAAAGAGAGGGGUUUAUUACAGAACUUUAUAUUGAUGGGGCAGAUUUCGACUGGAAAAAUUUUACUCUUGUUAAUGAAAUAUUUCAACUUAAGAAUUUGAAAGUUCUUAGCAUUAUAGGUUGUGGUGCUUGCGAAUAUUACAUUCGAAAUUUGUUAUUUUCUAUUUUUAAUCCAAGAAAAACUAUUAAAAUAAUUUGUAAGUAUGAAACCACCGAAUACGACCAGGGAUUCAAACGUCUCGAAUCAUUAACCGACUAUAAUUCUCCUACGCGUACACCAAGCAUUGUAUACCAGUCUUUUUCAAAUAAAACAAUGUCAUUGGAAAACUUCACAAAAAAUUUAAACCAUUUUGAUCGGUUACAAUGUGAAAUAAUUGCAAACAUCACAGUUAUUGUCCGCUUUGACAAUCCAAACGUGGUCGUUAACGUAACAUGCGCCCGCGCAAUGGAUUGCUCAUAUUCCGUUGUUAAAGUUGUUGACAUUUUUACGAACUUGAAAAAUUUGUCAUGUGUUCUCUUUCAACAUAGCGGCAUAAAAUUUGUUCCAAAAAAUUAUUUCCAUGAUUCUGCAUUUUUAAAACAUUUAGACUUAUCAUUUAACAGUUUAAAAAGUCUUCCAGAUGAUAUAUUUUAUUUCUUGGAAAGUCUAGUUGUUUUGAAAUUAGAACACAACAUGUUAACCUACCUGCAACCUUCGUUGUUCAUGAAUUUAACCAAGCUAAGUUUUCUCUCACUUAAAGGUAACAGAAUUAAUUCUUAUGAUCCAAAUACUUUUGCCCCGUUGUCUCAAUUAAAAGUAUUGCUACUAGAUUUUUAUGGCAUUUCUUAUUUACACAAUGAAUCUUUUCUUGCUCAGCGUAAUUUAAUUUUUCUUGAAAUAAAUCAAUUUUAUAACAGCUCUCUGUUUACUAUUCAUCACAAUUCAAGCCUUAAUCACUUAAAUAAACUACAAUCAAUUACGCUUAAUGGCUUCAAUAUAAACUCCAGCUUGAGUAACUUACUUUUUAGCGUUACGAAACUUAAGGAAUUAACUAUCAAAAAUUCGUUGCUUGUGGAAAUUUUUUAUGACACAUUUGGUAGGUUCUCAGACCUUGUAAAUCUUAAAAUUACAAAAAAUCAAGUUGAAAAAAUAAGUGAAAACGCGUUUCAAAACCUCACCAAAAUAAUUUCAAUUGAUAUUUCCUUAAAUAAAAUAAGCAUUCUACCGAGAGAUUUAUUUAUUAACACAUUACAGUUGGAAACACUGAAUUUGUCCUACAAUAAAAUUGAGAACUUCCAUGUAACAUUGUUUCAUAGAUUAGCUCUGCUGAAAAUUUUAGAUAUCAGUGACAACUUCAUUGCGAAAAUAGAUUGGUAUUCAUUUGCAUACUUGUUUUCUAUUCGUGGGUUAAAAUUGCAAGGGAAUAUGAUAAUCGAAAGUAAUUAUACAUGCUUGGGUGAAAAUUACAGUUUAAAAAAUACUUAUAGUGUUGAUUCACCAAAUGUUGGUGAUAAGGAGGCAUUUGGAAAACAUUUUGCUGGUCCUACCCAACGGUUUUCUAUAAACAGAACUUGCCCAAACAAUACUGCUUUUAAAAAAUUGAACUUAAGGAUUAUUGAUUUGCAAGGUAACGGCAUUACUUUUUUAUCUAAAGAAACAUUUUUUGACUGUCCAAUUCUUCUAGCGUUGACUUUAUCUGAAAACAAAAUAAGUGUGAUUGAUAACGAAAUUUUUAAAAAUACCCCACUGCUAAAAUUAUUGUAUCUACAUCACAACUACCUGGUCUCUAUUAAUAAAACGCUUUUCGGAAAUCUGUUCCGAUUAGAGACGCUCGAUCUUCGGUUUAACCAGAUAGAGUUUAUCGAGGAUGGUGCAUUUACAAAUUUGAGUUCUCUCAAAACAUUAAGACUUAACUCCAACAGAUUAAAAUCUUUUAACGCCAAAUCGUAUUUUUACAGAAACAUAUUAGUUAGCUUAUUCAUUCAUGACAAUUUUAUAACGAUAAACAACACAGAUUUAUUUCCCCUUAAGGACUUGAAUAUUAUAAGCUUGCAUAACAACAACUUAGGAAAAGUAACAAAAGAAAUGUUUGAACUAUCGCGUUCCCUUGGUAGUCUUGUUAUAAAAAACAGCAGCAUUCUGACCCUUCAUCCUGAUGCAUUUCAAAACAACCCAGAACUUACUGUUCUCUUGAUGAACGAAAAUCCGGUCCACUCAUUGACACCACACCAUUUCUCCUAUUUGCAGGACAUAGUUUACUUGGACAUGAGUAACCCAAGAGUUAUUCCGGGAAACGACGCCCAAUAUGCAGGUCUCAGUUGGAAGAACAUGACAUUACUGAACUACUUUUUCGAACUCGACGAGCUUCAGUAUUUGAUUUUCGCUGGCAAUCCUAUAUGUGAACCAACACAAUGGACACAAAUCAUGGAUAACUUAUUCCUCUCUGAGAAAUGGAGAACAGUCGUUUGUUCAGAAGAAUUCACAGUCCCUUCUUGGUAUGCGAAUGCCGAGAAGAAAGUAGUUUCUUUUAAUAUAGAUAUGGUAACAAGACUCUAAAUAAUGAUUAGGGUUUUUGGAGAUUACGAACAGUGCUAUCGUUCAACUGUGUCAAACAAACAUAAAUAAUGUAAUUAAAUAAAAACUAUUACUAUUUUUAUACGUGCUUUGUAUGUAUACCUAAUAACAAAAAUUCAGUAUUUCAAAAAAAAAUACCACCUCAUAUGUAAUGUGAUAAUGCAAUGGAAUGUAAACCAAGCUUGCUCAUACCUAUAGUUUCUGUUUUAUUUCUGUUUAUAAAAAAAAUUAAACAAUUGAUUUCUACAACUAUUAAUUGACUGUAAAAUAUAAAAAUUACAUAUCGUUACCAGUCAGCUUCUAUGGAAACAUUAAUUUGUGAAAAUAAGUCAUAUUUAUUUUCCCAUAAACAGUCACACAUAAUUUUAUACUCCAGAAAAUUUUUAACUCAAGUGUCAUAAUAAAGAAAAAGGUAAUUUUAAGUUUUUAAUUGACCAUUUAAUUUAAAAAUAUUUUUUAAGAGAAUCUUAAGUGAAAUUUUGAUUUAACUUCUAUCACUCUGUUAAAAAAACUUUUACUUAGAUUAAUUUUAAAUUCAAUUAUCAGUAUUAUAUUACGUGUAUUAAAUUUUUUCCCAUCAGAACUAAUUUUUUGUACCAAAUAAUGUUUAUUAAUAUACAAUAUUACUAAUUCAAAUAAUUUUUUUUCAUAAACUAUUGCCAACAGCGGUAAUCCCAUGGAAUAUGAAAUCGCAAACAUAAAAUUGCACUGCAGCUUUGAAUUUGCCAUGCCUUGUACAUAUAUUAAUAAGGUAAAAAACCGUACAUAUAUUUCAUUUAUUAACCGCAAAUAGCUUUACUUAUAUAAAUCAGUUUUAAAAUUUUUAUUUUUAAAUAUCAAAAUCUAUUAGGAAUAUUAUUUCAGAUCUGCAAAAGAAUGUGUUAUGGUAAGGAGUUAUUAUUCUUAUGAACAAAUAUUUUACUAUAGCCUCUCUCUUUAUCAAAAUCAUAUAGGAAGGAUUUAUAUUAUUAAGUACAUGCAAAAUUGAUGUCAUUCAACGUUAUAAAUGUAUGAUUAACUACGGUUGAGAAUUAUAAACUAAGAAAUAAAAUUGUCCUGUUCUUGCAACAGCCUAUCACACAUCGUUUCAGCGAACAACCCAUGCAAAUAUAACGUGGAAAAGAGACAACGCCUAGAACGUUGGCAAUACUUAAUGCAUGCUUCAUAGAGUUAUAGUUAAGUGGCUGAGAUAAUUCGUAUUAUUAUACAUCAAAUUCUGCAAAGAAUCACCUUCAAGAAAUGUUUUGGUUAAGUAUCUGAACAACCUCUCGUGGCACAAACCUUCCAAAUAUUCUAUAAUUAAAUAUACCCUAUAAAAUUUUUCCUCGUUAGAGAAAUUUGCUUCAUAGCCAAAAAUUUAUUUUUCAAAUAUCCAACCGGGUACGUUUAUGUAUGGAUGUUGUGUAAGUGUUAUGUGGUUUUUUUUUUUUUUUUUUUUGCAAAUCACGUAGUAAAAAAUGCCUGGCAAUAAGAAAAAAAA